AUGCUCAACAAAAGUGUCGCUCCCCCAGCGGGGCAGCUAUACAACUUUGGCUCGUUUUUAGAACUAUCGAGUUUGCAAACUUGGAGUUGUCACAAAUCAGAAUCACUCUCUCUCUCUCUCUCUCACGGAUGCAUUUUGCAUGUGAUUUUCCACAUUCACUCUUUCUGUGGUGUGGGAAGAUGUAGUUCUCCUUGCUUUGAUGUAUAUGACGAAUUGAACUUGACUCCAGCUUUUUUUGCUACGAUAGAAACCCUUCUUGCCGCUGACGUCGCUGGCACACAGAAACCCACUUUCUCCCACUCCUGCCUCCGCGGUUCACGAGAUCGAGGAUGUUCCGCCCCGAGGGAACAGGAUGUACAACCAGCAGAACUAUCCGCGGCCAGCGGCAUUCACUAGUACCGCCGCCGGUAGCACUGGAGGAGCAUCAUCAUCUUCUUCUUCUCGCCUACUCCAGCCCACGACUCCCACACAGAAGACGUUGAACCAAUCACGCUUUCGGUCUCCUUCCCCCUUUGAUGGAAGUGACACGAUGGAGAUUCUGAGACAAGGAAUUUGGCGGGGGUUGUCCCCCUCUCCGGUGAAUGCUGCUAGCAAGAAGGAAGAAGAGCAAAACGCACCAUCGCCACGGGGGAAUGCGAAUCAACGCGGAGGUGCAACUAGUACCUCAGGUAAUGGUGAACCGAAGCCUGAGCCGGACAGCACAUCUGACAACAAGAAGAUGAAAAGCGGCUAUUCCAACCACGACAGUAGCUCUUCGGAUGAUGAGAACAAGACGAGUGCCAGCGACGCCCCAAGCUCCGAUUCAAUUGGGACGACUCCAGGUGCUGCGGUGGGGAACGAUGUUGACGAGGAACUGCGUUCGACUGUGGAAAAGCCAGAUGCUGGUCCUCAAACGGCUGGUCUUUUCUCCAACCAGAAUUUCCGGGACUGUAUGCUGUCGCGCUCAUGUUCGCUCUUCCCGAAUAUUCUGCCGCUGAACGCGGAAGCUGCAACGAAGAACCUUGCGGCCAGUAGUUCGAACACGGCUCCUGCGGCAGAAGAUGAACAGCGAUUGCAGCAGGAGAACGCUCAGGAAGAUGGGCAGCACUCGAAGCCGGAAGCCUCUGACGAGGUACGAAGUUAUCGAUUCGUAAUGAUCGUACUCAUGAUUGUAAUAUCCUGUUUCAAGUUCUUGGACUCCUUUGAAGGAAUAGAAUGAUCUGUCCACUUUGCAUGUCUGGUAAAACUGGAUCUCAAUCACGACAGGAACACCGAAAGGAUGACGUGGUAAACCACGAUGAUCCCAUGGAGGUUGAUUCAUCAUCGGUGGCUGAAGAUGACUCGAAUGCGUAUGACCAAGAACCCGCCGCUGUUUUGGAAGCUUCCACCUCUCCGGACCAGCACCGUGAAGAUGACCCCCAGAGGGCGUUACACCCCCACCAAAACCGGCCUUCCACCACCACGGAGCGUCAUUCUGCCGGAAGUUCAACGUCCGCUAGCUCCGGCACGCUGAUGGCCCGGGAGAUUGGGAACAACCGGUUUGCGAUUUUUGAAGAUGACGAGGACUUUUCGGUUUUGGAGAGCCGGAAACCCGGGCCGCUGACAGCGUCUGAUGGAAAUACUAACGUCUUGAAAAUCGUGGUCACGCCGCCAGCCGCGCUUGCUGCAAAUCAGAACGCUAGUAACGCAGGAGCUGCGGCAUCGUCAUCGGCUGCUGCUGCUGCUGAAUCGAGCGGAGCACCUCUUUCGCCUCGAGGGAAUGUACCGCAAGAGGCCGUCUCCCAGCAGCUUCAUCUACCCACGACAGGGGUCGAAACGUUCGACUUGGCCACACCGAGACGACAAGCCUCUCCUUCCCCAACCAGGUCUGUUGAUGCGGGGCAAGAGUUUGAUGCUGCUUUCGAGAAUGUGCUGAGGUCAUCUACCAGGGAUAAAGAGAACCAACAACCUCCGCAGCAAGGGGAAGCAGAGUUCCAUCGAAUUCACACGCCGCGGACCGGGAAAUCCCCGAUACGGACUCCCACUGCUCGUGCUGGCCGCACGGAACUUCACAUACGAGAUGAGAACGCACGCGCAGGCAGUUCCGCCGAUGUUGUUGGCGAGACUGCUGCUUCAUCUUCCGCAGGGGAAGCUCACUUCCUGGCGCCGUCGAGGGUUGUUGCGGGGGGAGAUGGUACCUACAUACUCUGCACUGCUCAUCAUGAUGUCUUGAAGAUGAUCAUUACAUCGCUUCUUGAGCUUGUUUACAUAUGAGCAUUACGAGUACAAUCAUGUUUCCGCAGAUCAUAUUAAUUCAAUCGCAUGAGCCAGUGAAAGAAAAGAAGAAGAUGAACCAAUUUGUACAGCCGUGGGCGACUCUGCACUCGCUUCACCUGCCACUCAGCAUCAGCAACCCGCGAGCUCAACUGGUUUUGUGGUCACAUCACCGAUGUCUCCUUCUAACGCGCAGCAGCAGCAGCAGGUCCUCGACGACCGCGACGAUGCUUUGCUGCAGCAAGCAACUCUAGAUGACUUGUAUGAACUGCAAAAGUAUCGUACUCGUAUAAAUGCAUUACAAAUUUUCUCAGCAUGAGAAAUAAAAUUUGUCUUGCUGAUUUACCUUAAGGAAAAUAUUUGUAAUGCUACAAGACUUGCAUUUAUACGAGUGCGAUACUUUUGCACAGGAUGACUUGACCAACAAGUUGAAAGAGCUGGAGAUCGAGAGAAACUUGGAAAGCGAGAGGGAACAACUGCGGCACACUGCUGAGCAAGAAACAUCGCGGACAAACAGCCCCCCCACAAUGGAGGAAAUGAUGGAAAAUCUGUCGAAUGCCGAAGCUAGUAGGACUACACGGGGGCACGAACAUGAAGAGAUGUACUCCGAACUGAGGAAGGAGCAGGAUGCGGCUUGUGCUGGGGGCAGGUGCGUUCCUGUAGUUUUCAUUUGUUGUUUCGAAUUCUGAUUGGAUUUUCUUUGCCUGUUACACUUUCCCCUCGUCAAAGAAACGUGUUCGUAAUAUUGUCCAAAUUCUAUUAGGUCGACCGCGCACGACCAACUAACACCCGACUCGCGCGGCUCGAACCUGCCCUUACACGACCACGUUAUCUCCCAGUCCAGCUGCUCCACGCCGCGGCUCCCGUCCAAAUCUCUCCGCACCCAGUUGGAUGUCGAUCUUGGAUUUGGCGAUAUAAUUUCGUCACCAAAACACGAUGACGCGAGAGCUCCUGCAGCGGACGGAGCAGACGAGCCUCGCUCCCCUACAUCCCCAAGCCACGGCCUGGCUUCUCGCACUGUUUCCACGGGCGAAGAGGUCUUCUACCCGCCAACGCCAGAACCAGAGACGUACCACGUGGCGAGCACCACAACCCGUGGGGAUAGUGAUGAACAGGUUGGGACCAACUCCAAUACCGUCGGUGCUGCGGACCAUAUCGAUACAGAUGACGAAAUCGAAAACUACGAGCAGUCUUCCCCUUCCCCACCCGGAACAGUAGACCAGCAAAUGCUUCUCCGUUCCCCCGGCGCCGGGUCAAGUUUUAGCUUAGGAGGUGGAAAUGCCCAAGAACAACCACAGCUGAUGACGGACGAGAACGGUAACCCAUUGCAGGCCUGGGUCGGCGUUGCCGUCCCGGCGGUGUUCGUGCCGUAUAACGCGAGCUCAAGCUGGAUGACCGCGCCUUUUGAGUGGCCACAGAACUUCUUCAAUAACGGCACUACGGGUCCCGCGCCGGGGAAUUGGACGACGGGAGCUGGUGGGUUUGGGUUUGGUUUCGAUAAUUACACCGGAGCAGGUGGUGCUGUUCAACAUUCUGAUGGGCAUCAUCUUCAGGAGCACGAUUCCAAUUCUCCGUGGCCGGGCCACGGUAGUGGUCCUCACGAAGCCAGCCCUGAACAAGGCGUUCCGUCUUUCGGCCCGAGCGAUGGGGAUUUCGGCAGUGGGUCAGGACCUACAACAACCGGGCCUUCAUCCUCUACUUCUGGCUGGAACAAGUUUGGAACACAUAACCGGCGGAACAACAAGCAGAGUCAACAGCAUUGGAACAAAAUGCCAAGCAAUACCGCCCCCGCUUGGCACGAAGGGUCUUAUUUCAGGAAGCCAAGCGACAAAAAACGGGCGAAGAAAGUCGCGGAACACUGGAAGGAACUUGCACGCACUCCAAAAAAUAAUCGUGUGGACCACGACCAAGACUUUUUUGAUUUCGAACAACACGCCUUGAAUUUGGCGGAAGGAGGAGACAGAGACUCGGAUAAGGAGCAAAAGCGCCAUUUCAGCUCGGCUUCCACUUCUUCGAAUGACCAGGAAGGUACAACUUCUAACCGGGCAUAUCACCCGGGUUGGAAAGGAGCCGGGCGAGGAAAAGCUGCGUCUUCGAGCCAGUACGGAAGCGGAGCAGGCAGCAGUAGUUCAUCGAACCUGCUGAAGCCGCCGGGAACUUUCUAUUCGCAUCAAAAUCAACACUCUCGAGGAAAUGGAAAUGCUCCGGUCGACCCGAAAGAGUACGACGAUAAAGCCGGCGUCACCCGACGUCAAGAACCGUUCCGCCCGCCGGUCAGCCCGCGGACGAGGACCUUUGCGGACAGCCUUUGGAUCCCGAGCGACAAAACUUCUAUGCUGCUGGAGAAUUUGGAGAAGCAAUUCUUGCAGGAUCUGCCCAAGCCGGCGACGGAGAGGUCUGAGACUAGUGCCUCCGCGCCUUUGAUGUUCCCCGGGCCGCGCGGCGGGGUUACCGACGAUGAAGCUGACGCAUCUGGAAGUUCUGCAAGAAGUAGUUCUCACACCGAAGAUUCGGACCGCGACGACUCACUGCAUGAAGGCGGAGCGGUCGCAAGAAAGGCUCUUCCCCCGUCUUCGGAUGAGGAGCGUCUUGCUUCUGACGCAGAGGAUGUCAUCGCCCGCUGGAACGCUGCCGCGGAGCACCAGAGAAGACUACUAUACGACAUCCAGCAAGGGCGGGUGGAUGAAGUCGGUGAGAAAGCGGAGCUGCUAAAGACGAUCGAGAAGAUGACGGCUGCAGGAGAGGAGGUUGCUGACACUGAAACUCGUGCCAAAAAAGCAGGCACUAGCAAACAAGAACAACGCAGCGAAAAAAAAACCAAGUCGCGGAAGUCAAAGCUAUCAAGCAAGCGAGAGUCCUUACUGUCCCCGGACGAGUUGCAAGAUGCGAGCACGAUUUCGAUUCUUGAGGAGGCGUUGUUGCCCCCGGAGUCUCCGGCUAAUACACUGCUUCCGGGCGAUCUGCUGGCUGACAAAGACAGCAAGGAAGAUGUAGAUGCUCACUCAUCUGGCGAAGAAUUGACUGCACACCCACCACCCCCGGAAUCGGAAAAAGGCGAUCUUCGAGAUGGUGAUGUGGUCAUGGAGAGUUCAGAAGAUGAUGAUGUGAAUGAUGUUGAUGGCAAAAAGAACCUGGCUGGCGCUGGAGAAACAACAUCAACAUCCAAGACUGCUCACCCUGAAAACACACCUGAAGUCGAUCAGCAGCAACCGGUAGAAGUCGACGAAUCUGCCUCGAGUACACAGGAAGCUGCAGCAGCUGCUGCAUGGCAGGAUACCCUCUCUCCGGCUGCGGAAGCGGCUGUGGAAGCGUCUCGUGGCUUGGAAAUGGAAAACGCGCAAGAAAAAGCGCCAGCCACAGCAACCGCCUGUGCCGAACCAGACUCGCAAGACAUCGUGGCAGAUGGCGCAGCGGAGAAAAUUCAGCCGACUAAAAACGCGAGACCAUCGAAAAUCAAGUGCAAAUCAGCUAAAAAGCCAAAAGCUGCAGCUUCCAGCAGCAGUGCAGGAACCUCUGCCUCUUCCACGAAGGAGAAGCAGUCUACGAAAGAGGAAGGAUCGCCAAAGCAGACUUCUCCUGGACAGUCGCCGAAGCAAUUUUCGCCCAAACAAGAACAAUCUCCCAAACAGUUACCAAAACCUUCAGCUUCGAGCGGCAAACCAGCGGCACCAACUCCGCCGCGAGGCUCGUCAGUGUUUGUCCGCAUGCGAAGUUUCCAGUCCGAUGAUGAAGAGGAGCAGAAAAGCGAUCGAGAUAUGCUUUGCAAAAGCAUCGUACUAGUACUGGAAAUCACAUUACAAAUUUGGUCAGCAUGACAAAUGGAAUUUGUCAUGCUGUUUUCCCUUGGAACGGAGAUUCGUAAUGCAUGAUUGCGAUUACAACUACGAGCGCGAUACUUUUGCACAGGAUACGAGAACAUGAGGAGCAACCUGAAGUGGAACCAGCACUGGAAAGUUUCACAGGAGCCACAGACGAUCCCGCUGGUGCAGCUGCAUCAGAGCUACAGGAAGAGGAGGAGCAUCAAGUUGAAGAUAACUUUCACGAAGACCAGGCUGACGCUCCCCCACCACCAGCCGUACCCCCGCCAGAGCCUGAAGUAAAUCUGACGACGAAGCCAGGGGAAAUUGCGGACAUUAUGGAAGGGGAAUUACAUCAACACGCGCAGUACGAGGAUGAUUCCGACCCGGAAGCCGCGGCCGCAAAGCAACUGGCGAAAGAAGCGCAGGAAGAACUGGACAUGACGUUGGAGAAGGUGAUGCAGGAAUUCCAGGGCAUGGGAAUCCGAAUCGAUGCGAAGCGGAGAGAUGAAGAUGACGAAAGUGAUUCGGAGCAGCAAGACUCUGGUUCGUCUCUUGCUGGUCGUAGUGCCAAAAAAUCCUCCCUACUCGCAAGCGAGACUGCCAUCCGGGCUCUAAGGGGAGACACAAACGAAGUAGACGAAGUUGAUCCACAAUUAGUCGUCGGGAACAUCAGUGCGGCGAGUGCUGCUGCAGGACCUAAGUCUUCUUCUCAAACCUCGUCGCCAUCUGGAUCAACCACCAGCAAGUCUUCGCUGAAUAAGUUCCGAGCGUUACACCGGCUGGAGAUUCUGCCGCCGAGCGAAGGUGGGGCAAACGACUCUCCCCAGCCGGAGGAGAGUCCGUCUACUUUGGAGCAUCUUCAGAAGGAUCACGAGGAUCUUAAUGCCGCCUCCACUCCCGCGUCCCGCACGGUGACGCCCGGAUCUACAACUUCCUCACAAGGUGAAGACAACCACAACGCCAUUGUUAGUGGAACUUCGACUAGUACUUCGGAACCCUCUUCUCCAGACGGGACGACCAAAGCUAGUACGGCAGGAGAACAAACGCCAACAACAGAGCCCAAACUGACCCCGACCCAGCUGAGACGAAAGCGAUACAAAAGCAAGAAGUCGCAGAGUAUGAACUCUUUGUACGACGAAGACAGUGGAACUUCGCCGGAAAACAAAAUCGGCGCGUCCUCGUCUGGAAGUAGUAAAACUUUCUCCGUGAAGAAAGUUUUCCAGAACUUGUUUGCACCAGGUCCAGGCGGGGUUGGAGGUGGCUCUGGCUCAGCAUCUUCCUCCAGCGAUAAAAAGCAAAAGGCCACCACGACAACUAGUCGAGGAAAAGAUACAACGGAACAAGUCGAGACUGAGGUGAUCUACUUUCCAAAAGCGACAGCCAAAGGCGGCACCAGGUUCCAACUGGAAAAGCAUAUUGUACCAAAGUCUUCUGUGACUGCUGCGCGCCGUGCUGGCGGUUCAACAUCUGAUAUGGCAUUCUCAAACGUUACAUUCUCAACUGUUACAUGAAUUUGUCAUGCAAAAGCACCUUAAGCCGGCUGAUGAUCGAGCUGCUUCGCAUGACAAAUUCCGGAAGGGCUAUACAGCAUCUAAAUCUGCGCCAAACUUGUAAUGCAAAAGGCGCAAUCUUCCUCCUUUCACUUUUGUGAGUCUUGCAUUGCAAAUUCAUGUAACAGUUGAGAAUGUAACACUUGAGAACUCCAUAUCUGAUGACGAGGAGUUACUCUGUCCGCCCAAUCACAGCUCCAUCCUCACCAAGGCUGGAAAACUCGCCUGCUUGACUGCCGCCGCCGUCCCGUUGGCCUUAACCGGAACACAUCUUGCGUUGGGCCCGAGCUACGCAACGACAGGGGAGCUUUUGCACAAUACGCCCGCUCCACCUGGGUGCUACUUGCACAAAGUACCUUACCAGGACUCAGGAGUUCGAUACGAAUGUCCCGGAACGCUGUUAUCCAAAGAAAAAAACCCAUCCACAUCCAAUUUGUCAUGCAAAACAUGCAUAAAGUCCUGCGCUUGUCAUGCAAAAAAUGGAUGUGGGUGGGUUUUUUUCUGUGGAUAGCUGUUCCAUGGAGAUUACGACAGUCUGGAAGAAUUUGAGUCCACUUUUGUCCCUCCCCGGUGGGCUGCGAAGUCGGAUGAGAUGCAGCUGCAUCGUGCUCCUUUUUUGCCUUAUGAAGAGGAUGUCGAUGUGGACGAUCGCGCAAUUAACCAGCCUAGCACGACAAUCGUCCCAGCAGAAGACAAUUCUGCUACCAGUGAUUUCUCAACCAGGCUUGAAAAUGCGACACCAAUUUCCAUUCCCUCCGCAGCACCAGCGGUAUCGUCGAAAGCAGAAGCUGCUGCUUCCCCUGCUCAACAACAAACGGAGUUCGCGAAGCUUGCAGCUCAGCUAGAUAAGGCGUUAGGAAACACGAAAACCGGCGGGGGCGCGAAAAAAAGCACAACGACGACACCGUUUCCGCAGGUUGUAGUACAAGCUGCACAACCCCUGUUCGACGCGGCCAGCAACACACCUGACCAAAAGUACGCCGCGGUUCGCCGCCCGAGCAAGCUUCAACUGAGACAGCGCAGCAACACCCCGCCCGGCGAGACCACAAGUGUUGGCUCUACAGAUAGCGCAAGCUCUGCCGCGCCUUCUCGAACAGCGACGAGAAUUUUGGGUCCGGUACCGGUCUAUCAAAUGCAAAAACGUCGUCUGCGUCUGGAAGGUUGGAACUUGUAAUGCUGUCUUUGGAUUCCACAAAAAUCUGUAUUGCAUGAGCAGCAACAGGAGUCCGGUUUGUCCUACGUGGAGAGGGCAUUUCUCAUGCGGAAUAGGCAACAAACCUGGCAAUCCCAAUCUUCCAGACCCAGACACAUUUGCAAUCCAUACGGUUCCGGCUUUUUCGCCAAAUCAACCGAGAUUGGAUGGCUUCCGAAUUAUUCCUGUUCAACAAGAAUACCAGAAAAAUAAGAACAUCAACCCGUUCAAAAUGCACAAUUUGGCAAGCACAGCAUCCUCUUUGGGAGUCUUUGACGACGAGCAGGUGGUUGGAGAGAUGAGAAAGGAAUCUGGUGAAGAAACCACUUUCAAGAACGAUAUCAAGAAGCUCUCCCCGCUGGAUCUGGCCGUUUCCAAACGCAUUCUUGCGAAUCCGGAUCUUCGUGGCCUGCUUUCGAGAACUACACUUCCGCUGAGCAAUCUCGCGUCGACGCUGUCGCUGUCGGGAGUCGCGUCGAAUAAAGCGCCAGCUGAUAAUCAUCUUGGCGACAGCAGUGGUCUCGCUAGUUCCUUGUCAUCUUCCCUGUCGUCCAUUGACAGCAGAAAUUCUGCGUUGGCACGGAUUGGCGCACAAGCACGCGGCGCCGAGAAAUCAUCAGCGGACGUCGAUGAAAAUGGCUCACAGCAAGAUCGUGCGCCUCGCGAUCAGGAUCACGCAGCUGCACCAGACGCAGAAGCCGUUCCGCAGGACGAGAAAAUCAGAAAUCACCUGCCACGGAAAACGCAACUUCCAAAACCAGGUGCGUACUUCGGGAGUCCAAGAGAGGUAGUUUUGGCAGCUCCGACGUCGAAAGCUAGUGCAAGCAGAACUUCUACUACGGGGCCGACAUCUUCACUAAAACUAACUGAAGCGAUCACUAAUCCUGCAUCUCCUUCAACAUCGGCACCAGGCUCGCCGGCCCAGGGCCCCGCCGCUGAAGCAGCUGCACUGCAUCCUUUUUCUGGUCUACUUCCUUCAGGACACCAGCAAAAAUCUUCUGAACUUCAACAACAGCACACUCCCCCAGCUUCUGAAGCAGAAUUCGCUGCGUCCAUCCUCCAUCCGAAUGUGCACGACUGGUUGCACAGCACGGCGGCAAAGAGAGCCUUCGCUGACAACAUUGCAGCUUAUCAACUGCAAAUAUGUCUGGUUCUGGAAGAUGAUGAAUGCAAGUUUGUCAUGCGUGUCUGGCAUGACUCUUAAAUCUGUGAUGCAUGAGCAGGAAAAGGGCCUGCUCUUGCCUGUCAUGCAAAAACGCAGCUUGUCAUGCGAAAAACGAAACACACAGCAGCGCAAAAAUUUGUCAUGCUGGGCCCCAUAUUGCUGUGCGCCGACAAUUCGUAGAUUUGCAUCACAAGUCUCCUGAGCCAGAUGACAUAUUUGCAAUGCAUAGAGCUGUUGAAGAAGCGAAAGCAACGCUUGUUGGACACGAGCUUGCGGUAUCAAAUGUAAAAAUGUCUGGGUCUGGAAAGAAUGCAACUUGUCAUGCUAAAUCUGAAGCAUGGAAAAAUCUCUAUUGCAUGAUUACCAAAAGUCGUCCAGUUUUGACCAAUUCUGGAGGGAGUUUCUCAUGCAGGAUAAGCAUGAGAGAGAGCGCACAGAAUCUGCCAUGCUAGGUCCUGCAUUCCAGACCUCAUGGGUCAUGGAAAAUCUGCAUGACAAGUCGGGCACUCUUCCAGACCCAGACACUUUUGCAUUUGAUAUGCGGACGAAGAGGACGAUAUGGAAGUGGAUCUUGCGGCAGAUGAAGACAGUAUGCAACAGCACCACAACCCCAAGAACCUCCCGCCAGAGCAGUCGCCAACCCUCUCUCGCAUGACUCGCGGGCUGCUUGCGGUAGGCGCAAUGGCUGCGCACGCCGUGCUGAAUAAUGGGGGCGGGGGAAAUUACGACUUGAUGUGAAGACAUGAGUUGUACUAAGAGGAGCUCGUCCUCAUCUGAGCGUCAACGUCUGACAGUCUUGGUCGUGGCUUUUCGUUUUUGAAUUUCGAUCUUCUUUUGAGAAUUCAGUUUUGCUUUUCUUGUAUCAGAUAAGUGCUUAUUUGUUCACAUUUCUCGGGCCCCGCCUACUGUAUCUUGACUAAAAAUAAGUAGAUGAGUUUUCACGUCGCGCCAACCUGUUGAAGAUUUUUCUUCUUCUGCGAAUAUCGGAAUAAAACUUGAACUCGUAGUACACAACCAAAUAAAAAUAAACUCAUUGAAAGGAUUAGCACUUCAUCAGCCUAUCUCUUUUGUCGUGGAAAAUUCGUUCUUGAUUUUGGACACACAUUUUCUGUAAGUUUUGCAUGAGCUUGAUCGAUACGGAUACCUUCUCUAGAUUUGAAGUCUUGCACUUGCUGUAUGUCGUCUACUACAUCGUCUUUGGGAAUUUAGUAAAACGCAAACUCCUUUUGGUUCUCCUUUACUUUUGCAUGCCUUUCUCAUUCCCGAGGCUGCAAUUCGAGGAGAACUACAAUCUGCUGACGAAAACGCAAAACAAAAUUACUUUUUGAAGAUCUUGUUGUAGUGAGCAUCUUCACGCUGGGGCCAGAUAACUAUCUAGUAGUGUGAGAAUCAGUAUCUGAGAAAAUGAAACUAUUGUGCUGUCAGCUGAAUAAGUUUUCGAACAAAGUCUGUCUGAAAAGGAAUUGAAAUAAGAACAACACCGUUAAAGAAUCUGUCCUGCUAAUGUCUCGCUGUUGAUGACGAC